GUGAAUAGGACUUCCCGCUUCACUAUUUGCAGCUCAACGACAGCAGGAAAACCCAUGAGCCUUGCGCAGCACAUUCCUAACUGAUUAAGGUGUCUUGUACAACUACGAAUACUUUUACAUGGGUUGUACGUUAAGUAACAGUACCUCUCCUGCGUUAAUUCCACAGCAAACUACUUCCUCUGCCACAGCUGACGUGAUCCUGUCUAUUUCUUGCGAACACGGAGAACAGGUGUUGCAAAAACAAAACAUGGUUAAGGAUACCGCAGCUCCAGAUUCGAUAGACGCGUUAGAAACUCAACUGCGAUAUUUAAGCGUCAACGGCGGAGCGGAUACUGCAGCGACGCGUGGAAAUGAAACUCCAGAAGAUGAUAGCAGCUCCAGUUCAUCAGACAGCACGGAAAGCCUGCCGAUCGAGUUCAGUCCGGCAGACGCUGCCCGCGCCGGUCCAUCCCAAACGCAAGCACCGACAGCUCCGGUUCCUGGCGACGCGGCGGUUGGCCUGUUAUACGAUCCCUCUAUGGAGCUUCAUUUGGGACCAGACCACUACGAGCGGCCAGCCCGCAUCAUCCAGCUGCACGCCACCCUGGAGGAGCAGCAGCUGAUGGGCCGCUGCUGGAGGCUGGUGGCGCGGCAGGCCACGGACGCGGAGUUGCUGCUGGCUCACAGCGAGGAGCACAUCCGCAAGGUCGACUCCCUGUUCACGCAGCUCUACCCCUCCCGCCCCGACUCGCUGGCCGACGCCGCCUACUGCUACGCGGACGGGCGGAUGCAGGACGUGUACCUGAGUGAGGGCACCGCGGCGGCGGCGAGGUGCGCGGCGGGGUGCUGCGUGCAGGCCGUCCAGUCCGUGCUGUCCGGCACCGUAUCCCGCGCCCUGGCUGUGGUCCGACCCCCGGGUCACCACGCCGAGUGCGAGCGCGCGCAGGGCUUCUGCUUCUUCAACAAUGUGGCGGUUGCGGCGCUGGAGGCGCUGCGGCAGCCGGGUGUGAGGCGGGUGGCGGUGCUGGACUGGGACGUGCACCACGGCAACGGAAUACAGGACGUGCUGCUCCGGCGCCCCGACGCGCUGUACCUCUCGCUGCACCGCGACCCCAAGCGCUUCUACCCCUACCACUCCGGCUAUCUGGGGGAGGCGGGCGAGGGGCCGGGCACCGGCUUCAACGUCAACGUGCCCUGGCUCAAGAAGGGCAUGGCGGAUGGGGACUACAUGGCUGCCUUCCGUCUGGUGGUCGAGCCCAUCCUGUCCGCCUACCAGCCCGACCUGGUCAUCGUGGCGGCGGGCUUCGAUGCGGCGGAUGGGGACCCGCUGGGGGGGUGCAAGCUCUCCCCCGAGGGUUACGCCUGGAUGACGGAGCGGCUGAUGCGGUUCGCCGGGGGCAGGCUGGUGCUGGCACUGGAGGGGGGAUACAACACACGGGUGACCUCCUGGUGCGCCGCCGCCUGUCUGCGCACGCUGCUGGAGGGGCGGGCGGUGCCGCAGCUGCCCGCGGACAAGGAGCACCUGUGGCCCGCGGAGAGCCACAACAGCCUCAAACUGGUGUACGAGUUCCAGCGGCAGUACUGGCCGGUGCUGCGGGGCCGCAGCUGGACGGAGGCGUGGGAGGGGCACCUCAAGGAGGUGGUCGGCAUGCUGGGUGACAACGUCCGCUCCAGACGUAAUUCCGGCUGCAACACCACCUCAACCAUCAUCACCACCACCACCACCACCACCAGCAACAGCUGUAACAACACCCCAGCUGACAAGAGCAGCAGCAGCGGUAGCAACGCCGUGACGUCCAACGGUCGCCCUCGUGGUCGUGCUGCCUCGGCCGCUGCCGCUGCAGCAGCUGUGGCUGCUGCUGCCAGCAGCAGCAACCCCGCAUGCUCCUCCUCGUCGGCGGUGACGGGUGCAACAGUGGCGACAUCAACAACGACAACAGCAGCAGCAGCGGGACUCGCAACGCCCCCAGCGGCAGCCCUUGGUGCCGCCGGUGGCGCAACACCUGCAGGCUGCGUUGGCAACACGCCCCCAGUCGGGUCUGCCCACGACGACGGCGGUGGUGGUGGAGGCGGCGGCGGUGAUGCUUCCGGCAGCGGUUUGUCCCCUUCCGCGGCGCUGCUGAGCGAGGUGCAGUGGCGGGAGGGAAGAGGGGAGUGCGCGGUGGGGCAAAACACACACGCCACGUCAUCAUCGUCGUCUCCCACGCUACAAGAGGCAUUCCGAGCGCGCAGGACGGCACGUGAGUCAGCUGCGGCUGCAGGAGCGGCGGCGGGGGCUGCUGCGACGGGGAGAGCUGCUGGGUCAGGCAACGUCGAGGAGCGACGGCGUUCCCGGCGUUUGUCAGCGGCUGCGGAGGGGGCGUUGGUGCCGCCGGGGCAAGAAGUCCCCGCCCCGGCAGUGGUGCAGGUUUAAACAAGGCUUGCAUGGGCGUCUGAUGUAGCUGUCAAGCUGCUGCUGUAGCGCUGGGGGUGCGGUAUUUGAGGUGACGCCCCGUACCCUUUGAUGUGUGCAUGUAGGGGGGCUUGUUGUUUUGCGCAACAGGGCCUUAGAUGCCUCGCCUGGUUUGUCGCAUGCUUAGGACGUAUGCUGAAUGUGGCGCGCGUAUUUAUGAUUUCGACGUGAAGCGUAUUGACGGUGUGCUUGCGAAGAUGAAGAGGCGCGAGGAAAAUGAACGUCUGUACAGGGUCUGUAUGUCAUUCUUGCGUGGGGUUUUGUUACCGAUAUGGUAUAACGCAUGCCAUGCCAUGCUGGGAAGGGGGCACACACACCUGUACCACACCGCCCCGAGUCGGCAUGGAAACAACAACAAGCUGGCAGUCGUGCUGGGCUAGCUACUGCGACUCGCCUAGACUGUGAACUCAAGUGGGGACUGAUAUGGCUAGAAGCUGCGGUUUUGCCGUGCCAGGCUGGCUGCUUUCCUCUGUUUAGGUUGAGCCGGUGCUGUCUUGGUCUUACUCACCUGUACGAAUGCAUGCGUGCCGUGUGGCGGUUAAGUAAUUCACCUGCUGGAACGGACGUGUUGCCCACCCUAUUUGGCUCUAGAUGUAUGCCUCGUAAUGGUACGGUCAGCGCGAAUACGGCUGCAUGAUGUGGUCGACACCACCUCCAGCUGUGUAUCACUAAUGUACUAUAUAACUGCGAAUGGCCACUAAAAUAGUUAUAGUUGAGUCGAUAGUAUACUCAGCAGGAACGAUAUGGAUCAACUCCUUUGGAAGUGUGUACAGCUGCAAUGUGCCAUGGGGGAAGACAGCAAUGGCAGGCGCUUGCGGCGAGGUCUGGAGGGCUUUGUUGGAUCUUCGCUGUCACAUGCAGCGGUUAGAGCGCGGUUAUCGCCGCAAACUGGUGCACACAACGACACACGUGCUAAAGGUUAUCUAACAGCGGAAAUACACUUCAUGUUGUAGUCUCGGAAAGACACGGGCGCCCGAGCGGACCCAUGGGCCACUUUGCGUAUCUCAAGCUGUUACGUGUUCAUAUCUUG